AUGAAGGGCCUCGCAAUCGCCCUCGCGGCGCUCGUCUCGUCGACAUGCGCGCAGUACAUGAAGACCCCAGCCGCGCCUCGGUACGCCGCCUCCCGCAGGGUCGUCUCGAGGCAGGAGGGUAACCAGACAGCCGGUGGCGCGUGGCCGUACGGACCCUUCAGCACCCGCGGCCGCGACAUCGUCAACAGCCGCGGCGAGGUCGUGACCUGGGCCGGCGUCAACUGGCCCAUGAGCGGAGAGACCAUGAUCCCCGAGGGCCUGGAAUGGGCAUCGGUCGACAAGAUCCUUGAUGACGUCGAGAGCGUCGGCUUCAACUACAUCCGCAUGGGCUACGCCAUCGAGAUGGUCGACCAGAUCUACGACCGCCAGGGCGAGGACGUGCCGCUCGAGGUCGCCAUGAUCACGGCGCUCGGCUUCGUCAACGGCACAAAGGUCACCAACGCCAUCAUCCGCAACAACCCGUCCUGGACGCGCGAGACGACGCGCUUCGAGAUCUGGUCCGACAUCACGGCCGCCGCCUACGAGCGCGGCAUCUUCAUCUCGCCCGACGUGCACGUCAGCAAGGCCAUGUGGUGCUGCUCGCACACGGACGGCAACGCCUGGUUCGACGACGUCAACUUCAACGCCACGCACUGGCGCCGCGGCCUCUCGUACGUCGCCGACUGGGCCAAGGCCCACCCCAACAUCGUCUCGCUCUCGCUCCGCAACGAGGUCCGCGAGUCGUGGAACGUCACGAACCUCUACUACAACUGGGACACCCUCGUCGGCAACUUCUCCGCCGGCGCCGACGCCAUCCACGCCGCCAACCCGGACGUCCUCAUCCUCUGGGGCGGCCUGCAGUACGGCCAGGACCUCUCGGCCCUGACGGCCGGCGCCAACUACCUCACGGCCCCCUGCUACAAGUGCACCGCCAUCCGCGACGCCGCCCGCCGCCCGCCCCGCGUCUUCGACGUCGACGCCCACGCCUGGGCCGACAAGCUCGUCUGGGAGCUGCACCUCUACAAGAUGAGCGAGGACCUGGACACGGGCACCUGCGCCGCCAUCGAGGCCGGCCUCUACCGUAACGGCUUCAACGCCCUCGGCAUUGACCCUCCCGCCUCCUGCGGCGGCAAUGGCACGGGCACGGGCAACUCCACCACCACCGCCGCCGCCGCCGCCGCCGACUGCCCGCCUGCGAGCCGGCUGACGCCCGUCAUCUUCUCCGAGUUCGGCAACGGCCAGGACGACACCCUGCGCAACGACACGCUGCAGGCCUGCCUGCGCGACUACACCGUCAAGCACGGCGUCAGCUGGAUGGUCUGGAGCCUCGCGGGCAGCUACCGCGUGCGCUCCGGCGCCCAGGGCGUCCCGGACACCUGGGGCCUGACCAACUACGACUGGAGCGGCUGGAACCACCCGCCGACGAUCGAGGACGUCUGGAAGCCCUGGGUCAAGGCCAUGAACCCGACGAGGAAGGCUUAG